AUUUGAGUUAACCAGAUUAAUCUGUUUAAAGAGAUGUUCGUGUAACAGUUCUUAACAUUUUUAUUACUUUAAAUUUGUGCCUGGCCUUAAUUAGAUCAUUUAGCAAAUGUGUUUUCUGCUAAUAAGACGUGCGCGAGAAGGUAUGUAUCACCCACUGGCGAUUCUUCGCGGGUCACGUAACUUGAACCGUGGCCAGUGAAGUCAACCUGAAUAUAAAAAAUGAAGUAUUUCACAAACUCUCAUCGGCAGGACUUAAUAACACUCUUUUAAUAGCGUUUUAAGUCCUCGAGCUAUACAUCUAAAUGAGCUGGAAACAAGACACGGUUGAUCUGAUCUCGUUUCUCGGUACACCUUAUCCGGUGCUAAAAUACAAUUUCGUAAUACCGGUGCGCACGCGUUUCGAUUCGCAACGUUAUGCGCCUAUACUGUUAUCCUUACUGCAAUGAAAUAAAUUAACGUCUGCCACGAGUACACGUUUCGCUGUAGCCGCAUCACCGUCGUUCCAUUCCACUACGUAACAAACGUGGUAUGAUGGACUGGAUAGCGGGAAACGAUGAAUCGCGGCGUUUUAACAAGUCCGUCGAGCGAAUCGGUGUACCUACCCGGUAAAGCCUUGAACGGUAUCCAAACGGUACCACGGGAGAACGUCUUUUCCCCGGCGAAUUCUCAGUUUGUCGCGUGUCCCCGUCGCGGUAGCGUGCGGCUCGCGUGCCUCGAUUUCUCGUUCAUGCCUCGCAAACCGGAACGGCAACGAAUAAAUAAACUGUGCGAUUAAUCUGUGCAAGUCUGAAGUGACCAACUAUCGAACAGAGGAUACUUCAAAAUUUGGAUCCUGAAAAUAAUAAUAACAAGGCUAUCAAGAUGCAAACUGGAUCGAUUCUCCUUUUCCUGAACGUUUUACUUCAAUGCUACAUUUGGAAGAUCGUUAUCGCCGGCGAUAAGCUUCGCGUAGCCUUCCAAUGGAAGCAGCUGGAAUACGAAUGGCCGAGCAACGAGACGAAGUUACUCUUCCCAGGAUAUAAGCAGGAAGAUAAUCUUCCUCUCGGCCUCGAGAUUACGAGCAACAGGAUCUUUGUUACUGUGCCGAGAUGGAGGCGCGGCGUUGUUUCCAGUUUGAAUUAUUUUUAUAUGAAUGAUACGCGCGAAUCUCCAACUCUGAUUCCGUACCCCUCGUGGGAGGCGCAUGAAUACAAAGAUGGCAAAGUGCCGGAGAUCAUUUCGACGUUUAGAAUCCGUGCGGAUCGCUGCGAGAGACUUUGGGUUCUCGACACUGGAUUCACUGAUAUGCUGGAUACGCCGGAGCAGCAUGCGCCGCCGGCAUUGCUCGUAUACGACCUGAGGAAUGACCAACUGCUACGGAAGUUCGUCAUCCCCGAGGACCAAAAAACGGCCGAUUACCUUUUUGCGAACAUCGCCGUCGAGGAUUACUCAUGCGAGGACAGUUACGCUUAUUUGGGAGAUCUCGCCGGACCGGGACUCGUUGUCUAUUCAUGGAAGUCUGACAAGUCAUGGCUAGUUAAACAUCACUUCUUUGAGUCCGAUCCCAAAUUCAGUGACUUCAACGUGUCUGGCAUCGCGUUCCACUGGACCGACGGCCUGUUCGGUAUGAGCCUUCAACCAACGAAUGACGGCUACAGUACGAUGUACUUCCAUCCGCUUUCCAGUAACAUGGAGUACUCUGUUAGUACCAAGUUAUUGAGAGACCCUGAACGUGCUACCUCCAAAGACAAUGUCAAUGAAUUCCACGCCCUUGGUUCUCGCGGAGACAAUGGUCAUAGCAGCGUGAGCUUCUUAGAUCCGAACACCGGUGUUCUUUUCUACGCGUUGACUAACAUGAACGCGAUAGCUUGUUGGAAGCCUCAAAAUAUGUUUACCCUGGAGCAGCAAGGAAUCAUUUAUGAAGAUAACAUUACAAUGGUCUUUCCUAACGAUUUGAAGGUUGACCGAAAUGGGAAUAUUUGGGUGUUGUCGGAUCGUUUGCCUAGCUUCAUGUACGCUCAUUUAGAUCCUGACGAUUACAAUUUUAGAAUUCUCACCGGGUCUGCCAAAGAAGCUAUAACGGAUACCGUUUGCUCCAUGAGUUCGCCUCCGAUUACAAAUAAUUCAGUUCAUUUCUCCACUUUUCGGCCACAAACGAGUAAAAGUGCUGGGUGUAUGAACAACUCGGAGCUGAUCCUUGUUCUAACGAUCGUCUUAGCGUCUCUUGUGAGAACGAUUAUCUGGAUAAAAAGUGGAAACAUGAAGAAAAUAGAAAGUACAAUACCAGGUCUGGACUAUUUCCCUGGCAGGGAUAUUAAAUUCAAAACCCCGUACAGUUUUCUCGAGUCGAGAAGGCAGAUCGACGGCGCCGAAGGUUUAUGGAGAAUUAACAACAAUUUAUACGAUUUGGAAGGUUUUGCGAGACACCAUCCCGGGGGAGCAGAAUGGAUACGUCUUACCAAAGGAACUGAUAUCACAGAACUUUUUGAGUCACAUCAUAUAACUGAUAAGGCUUCGAAACUGCUGCCGAAAUAUUUUGUAAGAGAAGCAGUCCAACCACGAAAGGUGCCAUUAACGUUCAAGCCAGAUGGUUUCUUCCACACUUUCAAACGACGCGCAGUGGAGAGUUUGAAGGGUGUUAAUUUUCAUCAACCAGCGACGAAAUCGAAUCUGAUCGCCGAUUUCUUAUUUAUCACAACUAUUCUUCUUAGUCUCGCGACGGCCCAUACGCAGUCUUACAUAUUUGUAGCAUUCGCUGGAAUUUUCCUGGCGUGGACCACGGUGAUCGCCCACAACUAUUUUCACAUGAGAGACAAUUUCCGGAUGUACUAUUUCGACAUGAGCUUGAUGUCGUCCAAAGAAUGGCGAAUAACACACGUUAUGAGUCACCAUCAUUAUCCCAACACUCUUUGGGAUUUCGAGCUUUACGCGUUCGAACCGUUCCUGAUGUUUUUACCAAAUGGUAAAAAGAACCUGCUGAGGAGCGUCAUCAGUCAAAUUGCAACUCCUCUCGUUUGGUUACUAACAUUUCUCCAUCAGGGUAUCGUAAGAUAUUAUAGUGUAUUCUAUGAAUAUAAGCAAUUCGAGUUCCGGGAUGCAGUGCCUUUCCUACUUCCUACGUUGAUGUGCUUCACCGCCCCGAGCAUUUUGAUGGCUGUGAAGCUUUGGUUUUUGAUUAUAUUCGCAGGCAGUUUCGUGUUUUACAUGAUCGGUCUCACUGCGGCGCAUCAUCAUCCCAAUAUCUUCCAUGACGGUGAUGUGUACAGGGACGAUCUGGACUGGGGUAUUCUGGAAUUGGACGCGGUGCGAGAUCGAAAUGUGGUCGACGAUUCAGACUUUUUGGUGCUGACCAACUUCGGUCAACACGGUCUUCAUCAUCUUCUACCGACGGUCGACCACUGUUACUUGCCGCUUUGCGUAAAAGCUUUCGAAGACACUUGCAAAGAUUUUGGGAUCAGCACUCAGAAGUAUACUUCGUGGGAUCUGUUCAAGGGUAUGUUUCAACAGAUUCUCCGUAACGAGCAGAAAAAGAAUUUCAGAUAGAAAUAAAACCAGUGGUAAUAUGUUAAAAUACAAUAUAUACAACGUUUAUCCAUUUGAUUUGCAAGACUGAACUGCAUGUAUGCGUACAAACGCAUAGCAAUGCAACAUAGAUAUUUUAAUUGAGCUUGAGAGAUUGUAUUUCAUUAAUUUAAUGUAUGCACGAACAAAUUUUGAGAUGAAGAAAAUAUCUGAUUUAAUUUUGACUAAUAAAUGAAUGGAAAGAAA